CGUAUCGUCUGCAUCAGAGAAAAGAAACAUGGGUUUGGUUUCUUCAUCUGUGGAUGGAUGCUGGGGUUAUUUAUUGGAAUCUUGGACAAAAAAUGCAACUAGUAACUGGAUGUAUCCGCAGCUGCAAAUGGUAUGCCUUAAUAUUUGGGAUACGAUUUUGGCUAUAACUGAUGUACUGUGGAGUUUUGUCUGCAAGCAAUCCUGGCAAAUUCAACUGUGUGUCCUUUUUAUGGGCUUUAUUUCUAUAGUGUUGCUAUUGCUGAGAUAUUCAAGAAAAGGGGAAAGCACCAGAAGUUCUGCAGAGAGCAAAAUUCCAGAUGUCUCCAGUUGGAGUGUUUUUGAUCUUGCCAAGACUGCCUACCAGCCGGGCCACACUGAAGCUAUUACAAUGUUGGUGGAUCAGUUUGGAUAUGAUGUCAAUUACAUUAUUCCUUCCACAGGUCUCUCUCUAUUCUUGUGUACCUGCCUUAGUGGAGAGAGAGCUGCCAUUCAAUACAUGUUAAAAAAAGGUGCAGAUAUCAAUUCAACCAGUCAAGAUGGAGAUACUCCACUGUAUCUAGCUACAUUUGGAAUUCUCAACUCUGUAACACCUGAAGUAGCAGUCCUUACAGACCUCAUGGAAGCAGGUUGCGAUGUUAACAAGGCAAAUUUCAGAGGCUACACCCCCUUGCACAGAGCUGCCAGUAAAGGAAGUGUUCCAGUCAUCAAAUGUCUUCUCACCUAUGGUGCUGACCCCUACCAGGCUAGCAAGGCUGGGAUUCUCCCCAUCGGCAAUGCCAUCAAUGCUGGUAACUUGAAGGCUGCAGAAUUUCUCAAAAUCCACAUUGAUAAUCCUCAUGUAUGGGAAGUAGUGGAUCCCCAUACACCUCCGAGGAUACAGCUUGGCCUACAGAGCCCACGACGUAAGCACUUGAUCGAGUCCUCUAGGCCAAACAAAUCUCUCUCAAUCCUCAAUACUUGACCCUAUAUCCACCACAUAUAUCUUGUACAUCUUAAGGUAGCACCAUCUUCCAGAGUACUUCUCAGUUAAGUAAUUGUGCCUUUACUAUAUGAUUUUUGUGGGGAAAAAGAGCUAAAGUUAAAGUUAUAGUUAAGCAUGUACAACCUAGAACAAUAUAUUGAGUCAGUGAGGAAGACUUAACACCAGUCAGUUGUAAUGUAAUUGUUGGAACAAUAUACAUUGUAUUGGGGGGACAGUCGAGUCGGUGAACAAGGCUGAAGACCAGUCAGUUAUUGUAACAAUAUAUUGGGGGACAGUCGAGUCGGUGAACAAGGCCUAAGACCAGUCAGAACAAUAAACAUUAUAUGUAAUGUAUUGGGGACAGUCGAGACAGCUGUUGGAAGAAUUUAUUGGGGGACAGUUGAGUCAGUCAUCGGAACAAUAUAUUGGGGGACAGAGUCAGUGCUGGAACAAUAUAGUGGGGGACAUUUGAAUCGGUUAUUGUAACAAUGUAAUUAGGGGGACAGUCGAGUUGGUGAAAAAGACUCGACAAUGGUCAGUUUUUGGAACACUAUAUUGGAUGGAUAGUUGAGCCAGUGAACAAGACAAAGACCAGUUCGUUGUUUUUACAGGGAUGUUUUAUUGUAAUGUACAAUGGAACAAGCUUAUCAUUAGGUUAUCAACAUCUCUGUAACCCAACAUCAAUACAAACAAUUCAUAAUUUGCAGCAGGUUUUCAUUUAAACGCCAUUUCAAAAUCAAAUUGACAUGCAAUAAAUUUACUUUGCUAUUAGGCUUUUCCCAAUAAAUCCAAUUAUUUAUCAGGCUUUUGCACCUAUCCCAUUUACAUUUAUUAAACGAACAAAGAUAUGUUCACGUUUCAAUCUUUAAGCCAGUAACAUAAAUAAUGUGAACUUGUUUCAUUGUUCAUUUUUGUGUAUAUAUGUACAUUUUCAAAUUUCUGUAUCUAAAAAUAAUAGAUGUGGAAGUUAUCUACAUCAGUGACACAUAAUAGUUAUCAUGUUAUGUAGUUAUGCACACGUAGCCAAACUAAUUCACACAAUUAAUAGUAAUUAAAAUGCAUUGCAAAUCCUUUGGGAAAAUCAGGGGAAAAUCAAGUUAUGAAAACUACCGUUUGUGAUUUUGAUGAUUGUAGUUUGUCUGUAUUCAUGCACUUGUACAAAGUUUCAAUCGGUAAAGUGAUUUCUGAAUUUGUAGUGAAUAUGUAAAGUGAUUUCUAUAGAAUCUAGAUUUGGUACAGGAAGCAUUUGGUCCAAGACUCUGGACAAGCCAAACCACUUUUUAUGUUAUAUGUUAUUUGUUGUAAUAUUACAUAAUAGUGCCAUACUUGAUGUGAUGAGACCUGUCACAAGGAAUUUGUAUUAGUAUUUAAGAACUUGAAUUUAAAUAUGCGAGAUAUCUUAGCCUUUCCACACUUUUGAGUAUUCACUAUUCUACAUUAUAUAUUGAAUAGUACAAGUAUACAUGAGCCAAAUCAAUAAAUUGUGAUAUUUAUUAAAUUUCAUUUUGUUCUGUUUUUAAUAUACAUUUGAGCUGUUAAAAAUUCCAUCUCAUACAUUUUGAACAGGGUUCUUGUAUAAAUAACCUGUAAUACAUUCUGGUUCAUGUACUUUCACUUCAGAAUAUUUACUUGGGCAGAUCUUUAAGGGAAUUGGGCAACUGGCAUAUACUAGCUAACAGCUAACUGGGCUUCUAUACUGAACCUAAAUCAUACAAUACAUAUCCUCCAAAAUGAGACUGUAUUUACCAAAAUCAACAUUUAGAAACACUAUAAAGGGUUAUUACAUAUUUUCCAAUUGCUGUGACUUUGAAAUUGAUUUUCCCCCCCCGUUUUGCUGAAACUGCUGCUUUAGGUUGUACAUUGAAUACAACUUUCCAAGCCAUAAUCUCAUGAAAAAAAAAAAAGUUUGUGGCACCAUCCAUCCCAUUUGAU